UUCAUCCUCAUUUCUCACUCUCUUCUCCUCUCAUGAGACAAGCAACACAACCACCUCUAAACAACAACCCAAAACCAGUUCAAUUCAAUAAACCUAAUGGAGUCUCCAUCAUACUACCCACCCCCGCUACACCAUUCCGAUUCGACUCGCCCGACUCUAGGCUUCCCGCUCGGUACUGCCUUGCUGUUGCUUGUGAUCUUCAGCCUCAGCGGCAUCCUCUCUUGCUGCUAUCAUUGGGACAAGCUUCGUCACGUCCGCGCUUCGUUUUUGGGUGCCGAUGACUACGAUCAAUCCCCUUCUAAGCCUAGAAACACCUUCUCGGAAGCGAAAGAAACCGAGAAGCAAAGUUUUCCGGUGGUGAUGCCCGGAGAUCGGAUCGCAAGGUUCAUAGCAAUGCCGUGUCCGUGUGAACCGCCUAGGCAAGAAACGGUUGUUGUAGAAGAAGUUCAGAAGGUUCAAAAGCCACCACACGUUGCUCUCACACUUUGCUAAAUAACUAUUUUUUGUAUAUAUUUUAUUUAUAUAAAUUUAUAUAAAUAUUCGUUUUAUUGAAAUUUAUAAGAUAAGUUAGAAGAUUAUUCAUUUUUUUUUA